CUAUCUUUUAACACCUCCACAUAGAGAUAGAGAACAAGGGCGGCUUUAGGGUUUCGUUCAUUCUCUCUCUCAACACAAGGAUUCUCCAUCUUUGAUUUUGUUGAUAAGGAAGAAGAAUUUUCAAGGCAACAAUGGCAUCUCGAUUUUGGGACCAGGGUGAUAGCGAUUCUGAAGAGGAGCAACCAGAUAUCGAUGAGGAGGACCUUUCUGAUCGCGGCGAGCAACCUGCCGCAACUGCUGGUAGUAGAUAUCUUGCUGGUGGAAACGGUAGUGAUAGCGAUGAUUCUGAAGGUCAGAAGCGCGUUGUCAGAUCUGCUAAAGAUAAGCGUUUUGAGGAGAUGUCUGCUACUGUUGAUCAGAUGAAGAACGCAAUGAAGAUUAAUGAUUGGGUCAGUCUUCAAGAGAGCUUUGACAAGAUUAACAAACAGCUUGAGAAGGUGAUGAGGGUUAUGGAAUCAGAGAAGGUUCCAAACCUUUAUAUCAAGGCCCUCGUUAUGUUGGAAGAUUUUCUCAACCAAGCAAUGGCUAACAAGGAGGCAAAGAAGAAGAUGAGUAGUAGCAACGCCAAGGCUUUGAAUUCCAUGAAACAGAAGCUGAAGAAGAAUAACAAACAGUAUGAGGAUUUGAUAAAUAAGCAAAGGGAGAGAUCUGAAUCUGAGGACGAAGCAGAGGAGGAAGAGGAAGAUGAUGAAGAAGAGGAAGAAGGUUCUGAGUUCGAGGAGGAUCCAUCAAAGAUUGCUGAGGCAUCUGGAGACGAAGAUGAAGAAGACGAAGCAGAGAGAGGUCUUGACGCUCCCUGGGAGAAGAUGAUGAGCAAGAAAGACAAAAUAAUGGAUAAGCAGUUCAUGAAGGAUCCAAGUGAAAUUACUUGGGAUAUUGUCAACAAGAAGUUCAAAGAAAUUGUGGCUGCCAGAGGCAGAAAGGGAACCGGUAGGGUUGAGCUGGUUGAACAACUAACCUUCCUCACAAGGGUAGCUAAGACCCCGGCUCAAAAACUCGAGAUUCUUUUUUGCGUUGUUUCAGCACAAUUCGAUGUCAACCCUGGUUUAAGUGGUCACAUGCCAAUCAACGUUUGGAAGAAAUGUGUCCAGAAUGUCCUCUUCAUCCUUGACAUCCUCACCCAGAACCCUAACAUAGUUGUUGAUGACAUUGUUGAACCUGAAGAGGGUGAAACCAGAAAAGGGUCUGAUUUCAAAGAUACAAUUAGAAUUUGGGGAAAUUUGGCAGCCUUUGUAGAACGAAUAGAAGUUGAAUUCUUCAAGAGCCUUCAGUCCAUUGAUCCUCACACCCGUGAAUAUGUUGAGAGGCUACGAGAUGAGCCAUUGUUCCUUGUUCUGGCUCAGAACGUCCAGGAAUAUCUUGAGAAAUCAGGCGAUUCCAAAGCUGUGGCUAAGGUAGCACUUAAAAGAGUUGAACUUGUAUAUUAUAAACCUCAGGAAGUUUACGAUGCAAUGAGGAAGCUAGUUGAAUUGGAAGAAACUGGAGAAAACGAUAAUACAGAAUCAACUAACGAAUUCAAAGUCGUCGAGGAAAGUCGUCCCGCAUUUGUGGUUACUCCUGAGAUAGUUCCCCGAAAACCCACUUUUCCGGAGAACUGUAGGACAUUGAUGGAUUCCUUGGUUUCCCUUAUAUAUAAAUUUGGUGAUGAGAGGACUAAGGCUCGGGCGAUGCUUUGCGACAUAUACCAUCAUGCUAUACAUGAUGAAUUCUCCAUUGCACGUGAUUUGUUGUUGAUGAGUCACUUGCAGGACAACGUUCAGCACAUGGAUAUUUCAACCCAGAUUCUUUUUAACAGGGCUAUGGCUCAACUAGGUCUUUGUGCAUUUAGGGCUGGUUUGAUUUCUGAAGGACAUGGUUGUCUUUCUGAGCUGUAUUCUGGAGGUAGGGUUAAAGAGCUGUUGGCACAAGGUGUAUCCCAAAGUAGAUAUCACGAAAAGACUCCUGAACAGGAACGUCUUGAAAGGAGAAGACAAAUGCCAUACCACAUGCACAUAAAUCUAGAGCUACUAGAAUCAAUUCAUCUGAUCUGUGCCAUGCUUCUUGAAGUCCCCAACAUGGCAGCCAACAGCCAUGAUGCCAAACGCAGAGUGAUAAGCAAGACUUUCCGCAGGUUGCUGGAUAUCAACGAUAGACAAACAUUCACAGGACCACCCGAAAAUGUGAGAGACCAUGUCAUGUCUGCUACUAGAGCUCUUUCCAAAGGAGACUUCCAGAAAGCAUUUGAGGUCAUCAAAUCGAUUGACGUCUGGAGACUGGUGAAGAACCGCGACAGUAUCCUGGAGAUGCUCCUCUCCCGAAUCAAAGAGGAAGCGCUAAGAACUUACCUGUUUGCGUACUCUUCCGCCUACGACUCCAUCAGCCUAGAGCAGAUCGCCAACAUGUUCGAUCUUACAGAAUCGCAGGCGGUUAGUAUUGUGAGCAAGAUGAUGAUUUCUGAAGAGCUUCACGCUAGUCUGGACCAGCCCACUCAGUGUAUGGUUCUGCACGACGUACAGUACACCAAGUUGCAGGGAUUGAUCUUCCAUUUGAGCGAGAAGAUUAAUGUUCUGGUAGAGAGUAACGAGAGGGCGGUUGAGGCUAGGUUUGGCGGCGGCGGUUUGGAGUCCCUGACUCAGAGGAGGAGGGGUGGAGAUGGGCAGGACUAUGCCGCCGCACUGGCGGCUGCACCUGGAGGCGGCGGUGGUGGAAGGUGGGGAGAUAAUUUGAAUUACUCGGGUGGAAGGGGCGGAGGAAAUAACAAUGGUGGUGGAAGAGGUGGUGGUGGUUAUUAUGGUGGUGGAAGAGGUGGUGGUCGUGGGGCGGGACAGGGUCGUGGGUAUCACAAUAAUAGUUCUUCUAGGUAUCAAGAUACUGCUUCGGGUGGGCAAGGGAGAAGUUAUCAAGGUGGAUAUUCGAGGGGGUCCCAUUCGGAUGGGUCCACUGGUAUGGUUAAUCUCAACCGAGGUGUACGAGCCUAGAUAGAGAUAUGGUUUUUAUUUCUCGGUAAGUUUUUAUUUUUAUUAUUAUUAUUUCUUGGAGAGAAGACACUUGUUUUGUACUGUAAUGGAAUUAUUUUGUUAUUUUGGUUGAAGCGAGUUCCGGAUUUUUUAAAUAAUUUUGUAAGUCACUGAAAUGGCUAUUAUAUAGUAGCUGUUCUUUUUUUCUAGAAGACUGACAUGAGAAUUAAGUGAUCUCUUCAUUCUGAACUUA